ACACAAAGGCAUAUUUGAGGUUAUGUUUUUAAUUACAAUAAUUGCGAAAUUGAUAAUAGAUUCGAUUUAAAUUAAAGUAUUUUGUUUAAAUAAACUAAUAAUUCACUUUUUUGUUUAAAAAAAUGUGUUUUAGAAGUUAAAAAAGCAUUUUUUCUCAUUUAAACAUGUGUACAUUCGAUUUCUAGGUUAUAUUAAUUGCACAACUGUCAAAUAUAAAAAGUGAGGUUAUAUGAUUAAAAAUGUUUCAAAUAUUCCAAAAUUGUUGUAAAAUCGCUUUGAAACGUCCUAAUUUAAAGUUAAAUAGCCUCAAUAAGAAUUUAAUAGAAAAAAACGUUUUCAAUCGAAAAUAUUCCACCGCAAUAAAGGUGGAAAAUGCAGAUCUGGAUAAUAAAGAACCUAAUAUAGACUUAAUAACCAAAGACGAUCCGGAAUUAAAGCACAAAUUAAAAGUUUUGAUGCUGGAGGCUGAGGUAAUGAGACAAGAUGGACGGGCAGUUCCGGAUGCUUCAUUUAUAAGGGACGACCACUGGAGUGAAUUGUUAAAAUUACCAUCCAUGUCGGCACGAAGAAAAUAUUUAACAUUUUUGUUUAAAUUACAAAAGAAGAAAGAAAACGAGCAAUUACGUAAAGAGAAAAAACGAAUAGAACGUGAAGAAUAUCUUAAUUCUCCUAAACCAGAAGAUAAUUCUCAUAUAAUUUAUGGUUUAGGACAUAAUAAUAUUUUUUUAAGAUUUUAUGAUACCACAAUCAAUCAAUUUUUGAAUCAUAAACUGAUCCAAGCAAUGCAAUUCGGUCAGAAAUUAAUUGUCGAUUGUGGUUUUGAGAAAAAUAUGGUUACAAGAGAAAAUAUAAACUGCGCAAAGCAAUUGAUGUUAUUGUUUAGUGAUAAUCGCAACGAUGACGAUCCCUUUGAUUUACAUUUUUGUAAUGCAAAUCGUGAGGGUCAAUUAAUGAAAGCAUUACAUAAACACAUUGCUACAAUGUAUGAACCUUCAUUUCCAUUACAUUUUCAUGAUGAUAGUUACACAAACGUAUUUGAAAAAGAAAAAUUGGUUUAUUUAACACCACAUGCUCGUGAUGUUAUGACAAAUUAUGAUCAUGAUGCUAUUUAUAUAGUUGGGGCUAUAGUUGAUAAGAUUAAUCAAGAGCCUUUAACUUUUGCCAAAGCAAAAAAGGAAGGGAUAAAGAUGCAGAAAUUUCCUUUAGAUAAAUAUUUGAGUUGGGGCGCAGGAAGUGGAAAAAGCUUAACUUUAAAUCAGGUUCUUUCGAUUUUGUUGGAUGUAAAAAGAACAAAUGAUUGGAAAUAUGCGCUUCGACACGUCCCUAAGCGGAAAUUAUUUAAUGUGGAUCAAACUGGUAAAGCUUCGAGUGUACUUAGACGUCUUGACCCACAGACUUUUAGUCGACCAAGACAAUAUCAGAAAAAUAAUAACAAGAAUUCUCGACUUAUAAAAACAAAAACACUCUUUGAAGAUUAAUUUGUACUAUUAAUUGAAAAAUAAUUUUCAUUUUAAAAAUAUAAUUUUAAUGUUUCUUA